AUGACCCGAAAGCGGGAGAUGGGAAUUUUGGAAUCCUCAUCGCAAGAAGAACCGUCCCGAGGUGCUGUCCGAUAUAUCCUCACCAGCUACUAUGGCUACCAUACUCGCGACAUCCCCGAUGGUGCAGUCGAUCCAAUCGUGAUGAUGAAGUGGAACUACGCGAACUCGAUUAUCUAUAAUCCCAUCCUUGCCUUGGUCAAGGUCUCCUUCUUGAUGACACUCAUCAAACUUCGAUCGCAGAACAAGUGGAUAAACCGUUGUCUAUGGGGGACACUUAUCAUAAACGGUUGCUUCGCCAUUGCUGCACCUCUCGCCUGUAUUCUGCAGUGCAACCCAAUAUCCAGAUAUUGGGAUCCCAGUGUGCAAGGACAAUGUGUUGAUGCUGGCGCUUACACCGUCAGCACUUCGUCAAUCGUGCUCACGACUGACGUCCUGAUCCUGCUCAUGCCUUCAUGGAUACUGCACGAUCUGAAGAUGCCAUUGGGUCGCAAGCUCAUGGUUAUUGCAUUUCUGUCCUUUGGAAUUCUGGUCACCGUGGUCGGCGCGGUCCGCACGAGUGUUCUUGUCAAAGUCUUCGUACUGAAAGAGGCCACGGAGGAUGGAUCGUACGAAGUUGGCUAUACCCUUUCAAACAUUGAGUCUGGGCUCGCAAUAAUCGGAACAUGUGGGCCGACAAUCAAGUACAUUCUCAGUUGCUGCAUUCCUUCGCUCAAGAAUGCGGAUGAAUCUAGUAAUCGUGGGUACAUGUACCCCACAGCCGGCUCUCAGGGAGACGCUCGGUCAAAACACUUCACAAGGACUGCGAGGACACACGGCACGUUCAAGGAGAUUGAUGAAAUUGAGUUGACCAACGUACCGGGCGAAGAGAAGCAAAUGCCGAGAAGGAACACACAACAUGGGGAUCCGAUGAUGAUCACGAAGACAGUGGCGUGGAGGGUGGACAACAGCCAGGAGAAGGAUUCAAAUAGUACGAAUGGUGAACAAAUGCCCCGGGAUUUGCUAUAA